AUGUAUAAUAAUAACAAUAGCUAUAAAUUAAAUAUUCAACCAGAAGAUGAAAAAAAUCAGUUGAUGGAUGAUUUUUAUCAAACAGAUAUUGCCAGAGAAGACAAUUAUGAUCAAUCACAGUCUUUACUUUCUUCAUUACUUGGUAAUAUAAUACAACAUAAUGUUCAGGAAAAAGUUAGGCAAAUGCCUAAUAUUAAACAAUUGCAAGGCCUUAAACAGAAAUUCAGGUUCAAUAUAGACUAUGCUAAAAAGAUACUUGAUUAUACUAUACAAGCAGAUAAACUUAAUGAACUCAUUAGUCAACCUGAAAGUUUUAUUGAAGAAACGAAAGAAGAACUAUCAAAUAAUCAGGAAAAUAUUGAUAGUAUUGUUAAAGAUCCAAUACAAGUUAAGCAUAAAGGAUAA